UUGUCAGCCUGACCCAGACAGACAGUUUCCCGCCCACUCAACGCGCGCCAUGCCCGAGGAACGGAGGGAAGAAGGCGGCCAGAGCUUCCUGCGCACUGCCGCCCAGAGCGUAGGCAUCUUCCUGCUCAUUCAAUUCGGAGCAAAGCAGAUAUUUGGCGGCUCUCAGCCCACCACCGCCCGUCCUGCCAGCGUCCCCGGCGCCAGUGCCCCCAUUCCCGCCUUCGCAGACCGUCCCGCGGGUCUCAGUCCAGAGGGUGUCUACAACGAUGUGCCGCAGGCCAUCUCGCCCAUGUGGCCGCCUCAGGUCGACGUGGACCUCAGCAUCUAUGUCUCGCCGUCCAUGAUUAUGCCAUCGCUGAAGAGUUUGCCUGCCGACUCGCUGGUGCUGGAGGAGAAGAGCUUCCACCUCGGCGACUGGAAGGACAAGCGCGAGAUUGAUACCACGUUCAAGGUGCCGAAAGAGGUGCAGGAGGGUGGUCCUCUCUGGGCGCAUUUCUUCGUCGCGCAGUCUGGACGGCCCAUUGACCCUUCGCGCGCGGACUAUGACAUGUCCAAGUCGUACCACUUCGCGCGUCCUCUGACGCAGUACCUGCCCAAGAAGAAGGUCAAGAAGACUCGAAACUUGCUUUCUGGCGACGACGAGUCUGAGCAUGUCGAGCCGGAGGCAGAGUCCGGGCCUCGUUUCACCAACUUCUACCACCCGAACUUUACCAUGUCCUUCAUUCCGGACUCUGGCAUUAUGAAAUACCCCCAGUUGCACCCGGCUCUGCGCUCUUACGUUCAGCUGGAGCUGUCUGGCGCGCGUGAUGCCUCGGGACAGAACGGGUGGUACUACCCCAUUCUCUUCGUCAACACCUUCUGGCAGUUGAGGGACCACAUGAUGGAGCUGAACUCGACCGUCAAGGAAGUUCCUCUGCACAUUGACCUCAACCAGUUGGCCAAUUGGAAAUUCAGCAUCAUCGCCAGCAUCGAUGCCAAUGUCAAGGCCAAUGCUGCCAACGCUGCUUCCAACCCGGGUCAGAUGACAGCUGGUGGAGACGGCAACGAGUUUGAGGAGUUUAAGCGUAUUCUCAUCGACAGCAACGCCUACCUUCUCGGUACUACCGCAGUUGUCUCUGUCCUGCACAUGAUCUUCGAAAUGCUGGCCUUCAAGAACGACGUCUCCCAUUGGCGCAACAAGAAGGACAAUGUCGGUACUUCCGUUCGCACCAUUCUUGCCAACGUCUUCAUGCAGACCGUCAUUUUCCUGUACUUGAUGGACAACAACGAGAACACGUCCUGGAUGAUCCUUUUCGGGCAGGGCAUGGGCAUUCUCAUUGAAGCAUGGAAGAUCACGAAGACGGUCAACGUCCGCGUGCGCGAAAACCCCGCGGGCUCCCUGAUCCCUUACUCCAUCAAGUUUGAGGACAAACACCAGCUGUCCGAGACGGAAAAGAAGACGCAAGAGUACGACGAGAUUGCGUUCAAGUACCUGUACAUCGUGGCGGUGCCUCUGCUGCUCGCGUACGCGGGCUACUCGCUCGUGUACGAGACGCACAAGUCAUGGUACUCGUUCAUCAUCGCGACGCUGGUGGGUAGCGUGUACGCGUACGGCUUCCUGAUGAUGGUGCCCUCGUUGUACAUCAACUACCGCCUCAAGUCGGUGGCGCACAUGCCCGCCAAGGCGAUGAUGUACAAGUUCCUGAACACGUUCAUCGACGAUCUGUUUGCGUUCACGAUCAAGAUGCCCACGCUGCACCGCCUGGCCACGCUCCGCGACGACGUCAUCUUCUUCAUCUACCUCUACCAGAGCUGGAAGUACCGCGUCGACUACUCGCGCGUCAACGAGUUCGGCCAGGGCGGCGACGACGAGGACGACAAGGACAAGCUGGCCGCGAAGCCGCUUACGAGCCAGCCGGACGCGGACGACUCGGUCAAGGAGGCCGCCGAGGCGAUCAAGGAGGGCGAGGCCGAGGUGAAGGCUUCGGGAUCGGCGAAGAAGCAGGGCGGCAGGAAGAGGAAGUAGAGCGGUGUGCUGGACGGCUUUGGGCCGUGGUUGGAGGCGUUGGAGGAUGCAGGCGCGCGCUGUUUUGCGCUAUGCUCGGGCUGAAAAUGGGGGUAUAAAGUAGGAUAUGCAGAUGCCGUAUAUGGUAGAUCGUAACUAAGAAGCCGUGAUCUGUCCCGGCUCUUUGUGCACCUUUCUGUCUCUCCUCUGCCGUCUCUGUUUGGUGUUUCUAGUCGCCUCGCUAUCAUAGC